CUAAAAUUUUGUAAAGGUGUUGAGUAAGUGUAAGCCUACUUUAUCCUCUUUACUAAAACUAAAGUAAUAGUAAUAGAGUUAAAGAAAGGACUGAGAAGUAAAACUAUAAUAGUACUAUUACUCUUGGUAACUGAGUUAAUGAGUAAAUAGUAAAUAGGAAGUGGCCCAAAUAUUUUUUUUUUAAAGUGACGUGUAACAGCCAUUUUUAGAGGGUUAGGCUAGACUAUAAAUCUUUUGCAAAAAACACAAAUUUCAUCUUCAUCUAGGCCUAUCUAGAAAUUAAUAUAUAGAAAUGAAGUUAUAAUUUUAUUUGGUGAGAUUUUUAAACCCACUAUACUUAUACCUGCUUAUUUAUCUUCAUGUGUGUAACAGUAGCUGUGAAAACUUUGAGCACUUUCCAAAUGUAUGUCUUAUUAAAGUUAUUUUGCUAACAAAUGCGCCUAUGGCCUAUGCCUAUGCCUAUGCCUAUGGCCUAUGCCUAUACUAAUACACAGUUUACAUAAUACAACACAUUGAAGUUGAAUAAAAAAAAAACCUACUUUUACAUAAAAUCAAGACUUGUAAUUUGUAUAAUUUAAUUUGAGGGUAUUUAAAGAAAAACGUGAAAAGAAAGAUUAUUAUUUAUAAAGGAAAAUUAAAAAAAAAUGUUUAUUGAAUUUUAUUUAAUUAUAUGUUUGUGUUAAAUUUUAAAUCAAUUCUUAUACUUUAUAUUUAUAAAAAAAAGUAAGAGUAAUUAUUAAUCUUUCUUUAAUCUAAAAUUGAAAAAUAAUGCAAUAAUGCAUGUAAUUUAGGCCUAUAACUAUAAGGUCUAUAAGUAUAAGUAUAAGACUCCUAAUACGAAUGAGCAUAUCAGUACAUGAUUAUAUUUUUAAAGUUAAUGGGAUAUUUCGCCUGUCAUUUUCUUUAGACUACUUUUCAGACAUAUUGGUCUUGAUAAUGAUAAUGAAUCCACAAUCUCUCCUUCAUAAACUUUGACUUUGUCUUUUUCAUCUUCAUCCAAAUGUGAUUCCUUGUCUUAUUGUCUAUGUACUAUGGGAGGAAUUCCAGAUUUCUUCAAUAGAAAAUAACUAUUAACUAUAGUAUUGACUAGUGUCAAUAGUAAUAUUUUUAUGAAUUUCAUAGACAUAAAUGUUAAAUGAGUCUAAUUAAUUAUCAUUUCUUCAUAUUAUAUUUAAAUAUUAUUUCACCAUUAAUAUUAGUAGUUAUAUGAAUUAAAGAAAGUGUUAGAUUAAAACUAGAAAUCACAAGAGAAGUUAAUUAGUAGGCUACUUGAUAAGUCAGUACAAUUCAGUUGACAUUUUUUUUACUAAGAUGUUUAGCCUGUCAUUUUUUUAUUUCUACUUUUCAGACUUCUUGGUCUUGAUAAUGAAUCCACAAUGUCUCCUUCAUGAACUUUUCUUUAAACUAUUUCUUUGAAUAAUAUAUUUUCUGAUCUUUGCUUUAGUUUUAGUAUUUUAAUUUUAAGCCUUGCUAGCGUAUGAUUGCUGAUGCUUUUUCAAUGAAUACAAUGCUUUUUUAAAUAUAAUUUUGCUUAACAGUGUUAUAUACAGCUAUAAUGUACAGAAUUCAAUCUCUUAUUUUACUAUGUGGCUUGUGACAAACAGUAAAUAACUAAGGAUGAUACCAUUAAUUAAAAACAGUAAUAAAGAACGAAACCCAAACUAGAGCUAAUUACAAAUAAUAAUUUAAGUUAAUUUAAAAAUUACAAAAUCAAAUAGAGUAACACUAAGGCCAUUCACUUACAGUACAGCAAUGAACUUGUACUGGUACAGUGUUGGAAGGUGCACACACGCACCCAGUAAUUAUAAUUUACAAUAUCUGCGGUAAGUACAGUAUGUUAGUCUGUAAGUCUCGCUCUGUAAUUACAAGCUCUGUUUGUCUCACAUUCUCGUUCUAGCUUUAUCGGCUUAUUUAUAGUCUUUCUUAGAGACUUUUCCAGAAAGCCGUUUGGCAUAUUAUCUGUAUCUUGGUCUGUCUUGUAUGUACUAAAGAAUUCUAAAGACUAUAGACUAUGUUUUCAUGUAGUCAAGGGAGACUCUUUAUAAUUAAACCACACCCAUCUUCGGCGAACUAGGGGUCACCCAGAGUUCAUGCUUCUUAACAGCUUAUAAACAAUUAUAUAAUUUAUAUGUACAACAAAAAUUAAUUUCUGGACAAAGUAUCAGCAAUAACAUUAUUUUUGCCUUUAAUAUGUUUUAUGUCCAAAUCAUACUCUUGUAAAAAUAUACUCCAUUUGUUUUAUUAGGCACAUUAGGAACAAGUGAAACAAAAUCUACAAUUACAGAUUGAACAAUAUCUUUCUCUGACAGUGACAAAUGUCCUAGUUUCUUAUCUAAAUUGGCCAGUAUUUCUGAAUUUUUGUGUUUGUAAUGACUAACUUUAUCUGGGACACUAUCAGAUGUUUCAGUAACAUUUGAGUAACAUUUUCUUUAGGUAGGUACUGAAGUUACACUUGAGAUUAUGUUAACAUUAGCUUCUGAGGAUGAAAAAUUAUCAUCACAUUUUCUUUCAACAUAUUCCAUAACAUGUUAAUGUGACAUAACUGUUUCUUUCUUUUACGAGCUGGUGUUAACACAAAUUAAUUUAAAUCAUUAAGUUUGGACUCAAAUAUAUAAGGACCAAAAUAGCUUGUAGUGCCUACCCUGAUAUCAGCAAAUGUGCAAGCACUUUGUCCCUUGAAACAAAGUGUCUGAAUUCAGACUUUUUGUCAUACCAAACUUUCAUUUUAGAUUGAGAAACUUUUAAACUUGAAAAUUGAGAUUCAGCCAUAUUUACAGCAUUAAAAGUUUAGUUUUAAACUUUAAGACAGUCCAAAAGUCCUUCAGUGGGUGUUGAUGACAUCCACAUAUCUUUUAAAAGUUGAAGGGGGCCACAAACCAUAUGGUCAAACACAAGUUUGAAGGGGUUGAAUCCAAGUGAUUCUUUAACAGCUUCUCUUGCGUUGAACAGUAGCAUUGUUGAGUCCUUCAUCCCAGUCUUUCUUUUGUUCUAGGCUGUAAGUUCUCAUCAUAUUCUUGAGCGUCUGAUAGAAUCGCUCAAGAGCUCCCUGCGUCUCAGGAUGAUAUGCACCCAACAAGCAGUGUUCUAUACCAAUUUUGGUUCAUCACUUGCUUGAAUAGUCCAGCCUUGAAGUUGGUUCCUUGAUAAGAUUGUAUUGACCUCGGAAGACCAAACAAUGUAAAAAAAAAUCAUCAAAGCUUUGACGAUGUUUGGAGUCUUGACAUUGCAAAGAGGAAUAGCUUCUGGGAACUUUGUUGAUGCACACAUGAUUGUUAGCAAGUAUUGAUGACCUGAUUUUGUCUUUGGCUGGAAUGGGUUGAAGAUGAGCUGCUGGUAUCUUUUGAUUUGGUUUCCCUACCACCUAACAAGUGUGGCAUGAUCUGCAGUAAUCAACCACAUCUUUCUUUAUUUUGGAACAAAAGAAGUACGACGUUAUUUUGUGACAAGUCUUGUUUACUCCCAAAUGGCCUCAAAGUGGUGAAUCAUGGGCUUUGUUCAGGACUUCGUUCCAGAAAAGUGUAGGAACUACUAUUUGAUGAACUAUCCUCCAUUCUUUGUCAGCUUUUGGAGGUCACCAUUUUCUCAUAAGUAUGUCAUCUUGUAGGUAAUAACAUACAGGAAAUUGUUCAGCCUUUUCUUGGGUCAAAGCAUUCUCUCAAAGUUUAAAAAUUUCUGGAUCACUCUUCUGCUCUUCUAUAAGCUGCAUUCGAGUGUUAGUCUUGUGAGUAUUUGACUCUUCAUUGAGACUUGCGAAAAAAGUUGUUCCCAGAUCAAGAUCUAGAUUAACUUUAUUAAUUUUUGGUGAAAUUCUUUUACAGACAAUACAGAAUUGAAGUACUCUUCUGUAGAUAAAGAAGUCUCAAAAAGUGAUAAAAGGCAAGGCACAGAGUAUUUGCAAGGUUCUAUAUCACAUCUUCCCUAUAUUGUCUGAAUUUGCAGAAAACAAAUGUAUAAUAUAGUUCACCAAAAAUCAGAACAAAUAUAUUUGUCUAUACACCUGUUCACAUUAUUUUCUCCCCCUUUUUCCCCUGCACUUUAAUACCCCCCCCCCCUCCCACCUCCCAUCUAUCGAGAACUACAACUUGCAUAUACAACUUUCCCAUUCACCAAUUACACCUUUCUAAACUAUAUCUGAGCCCCUCACUUAACUCCCAUUGCCCCACACUAAUACUAAUACUCUUAUAGUCUAGAUAGAAGAAUUCCUGCUAUUAUAUAUAUUUUAUAAUGCACCAUUAGUCUACCAUUGUUAAAAAUCCUUUAGUCUCCCAAUUUGAACACACCUAUAUUCUUCCAUUAGAAAUAUUACAUAAAAGGGAUUUCAAUCUGUUUUUAAGAUGGAUGAAAUUCUUUUAUUGAUCAAGAUAAUUGGACAUUUUUUUUUUAAUCACAUUGUACAUAUUUAUCUUCAGCACUUAAAUAAAUACAUAAUUUAACCAAGACAACAUUUUACAAUUAGAAAAAAUAAAAACACAAAACAUCUAAAGUAUUUCUCUAGCAUAGAAAUCGGACGUCAUUAAACUACUUCAGUGACAAUAAUGACAUAAUUAGUGAUCAGGGAUGUAAAAGAAUUCAAAAACUUUUUUUUACUGACCAAAAAAAAUAGAAUGUUACUGUGGAAAAAAAAGUUGGCAGCUGGGAGAAAUAAUUAAAAUGCCUUUCUGCUUCUGAUCCCCUUUUAAAAUCUACCCCUCACACACUAAAUCAUUAAUUUAAUUUAAAAUAACUUUAAACAAUAAUAAUUAUGGGACAUUGCUCAAGCUUCAAAUAUGAUGUUUCUCGUAUGCUGAAUGUUACAUACGUGCUUAAAAUGUAUUAUUAUUUUGUUACCAGAUUUUUCCUUGGUAUAAAAUUUAUAUGCUUUUGCUUUUUUUUCAACAGAUUUCGUUGUAAGAAUUUAAAACCUCAACAAUGUUAUGGGAAGUGUUGAUCCUCAUUUUCAUCAUAGCAAUGAUACGGUAUUUUUUCAGUACUGAAAUGUACCACAAAUGGUGUAGAACAAGUAAAUGUUUCUUUUCAAAUUUUCAAUAACCUAUUAUUUUCCAAAAAAUAAAUCUAACUUCUUCAGUCUUAUGAGUUUUGAGAAAAAUUGCAAGAAAUUAAUGUUAUUUAUUUAUUUUUUUGUUAUUGAUAGAUAAAGAGAAUUUAGAUUUAGUUUAAUCAAUUUCAAAUUAAUUUUACAAUGGUUGUGUAAAAACUUAUUUUAAAAAAAAUUAACAAACAACCAAAACUGAUUUUAAAAUAUUGUUUAUUUUAUUCUGAGCUCUCCAAAAAUUACAUUUGACAGAACAGAUACAAAACCUGUAAAAUAUGAUUAACCUUUGAAAGAGCAUAAAAUAAUGAUAUUUGGAUGCUAAGCAGGGGCUAGGGUUAUUGCCACCUGGGUUGGGUCAAUAUUUAUGCUGUCAAUUUCCCACAAAAAAAAACCCCCACCUCUCUAGAAAUAGAAAAAAAUUCCCACCUAGCGUAACUGCCACCUCCACUCCAAUCUCUCUAUGCCAGCGAUGCUUAGAUCUUAAAUUAAAAGUUUAAUAAUGCAAAUGACAUGUAUGAAAUAAAUUGGCCAGACAUGAGAAGCAAAUUAUUAAAUUUUUGGCUAGUUUAUAAGCUAUGGGUGUAUAAAGAAUAAAGGCUUUAAAAAUAUUAUAAAAAUAGUGUUUUAAUUGAAAUAUAUUAAAUUAAAUUACCAGAACUAAAUUUUGUCUUUGUUAUAUGACUUUUUAAGUGUGCAUUUUUGUUUGUUCAUAUAGCAUCUGUUUUAAAGUUCUUUAUGAAAGUGAUAAAUACAACUGCUAAACAAUAACAAAAAGUUCAUGCUUCAAGUUUGUUUUACUUUAUUACUUUGUUUCAUUUUUUUCAAGCAAACGCCAGUUUAAGAAAUAAGGAUAAUGGUUUGAGGAGAAAGGAAAACUCUCAUAAUUUUCUUCACACCCCAAGUCCUGCUAGAAUAACACCUUCUAUACUAGAAACGAAUAGAGAGGGGUCAUCAUCUUUGGAGCUAGCAAGAAAGAUGUUAAGAGAAAUAGAUCUCAAAGACAGUGUUUCAAGUGAAGAAAAACAUACUCAAAAGGAUGGAAGGGAUAUGAAGAGCUAUAAUUUAGAGAGGCCUUCAGUUAACUAUAAUGGUCUUAAAAACCGUUCCAAUAAGGCAUGUAAUGGGCAAAAGGAUGAAGCUAGCAGAACCAAUAAUUCUGACACCCCUGUUAAGGAAAGCUUACCAAUAACAAAAACACCAGUUUUGCAGUCUCAAAGCACAAGGGUUGAUAAUAACAUAACUUCUCAGAGAUCCAGCCACCAAAAUGGUAGUACAUUUAAAAAAAAGGGCUUUAGGAAAGAUAUUAUUGGCCUGUUAGAUAAUGACACAAUAUUACCAAGCAAAACUCAACCUGCAGCAACAAAAGAAAUAUCACAUAAUACUACUGAAAGGGAAUUCAUAAGUGCCCAGUCUUCAGUGUUUGAGAAAUUGCCUGGGGGGUUGCCUUCUAAAGAUAAAACUCAGCUUUUAUCUACCACACAGACAUCAAAAGAGGAAAAGACAUCAUCUCCCCUGCAUUCACUAAACUUGCCAGAUAAAAAUGUUAAUGUCUCCAAUGCACCAGAGAUUAAAUCAUAUUCUCCUGAAACUUACCCUGUAGCAAAGAGAAAUGGUGAAACAUCAAAUCGGACACAAAGCCCUGGUUGCUAUAGCUCUUUAUAUAAUUCUGAUAAUUCUGGAAACUAUAAAAAAAAUGUGUAUCCUGGUGAUUCAAAGCCUGUCCAUGCUAAAAACAAUUUAAAUUAUUCAGGAAAAGCUAAAUUUGGCCUGAAUUAUAGUAAAGAUUGUAAAAUGGAUACCAGUACAGAUAAUGUAUAUAACAUCCCAGCUGACAUGGAUUUGGAUUCCUCAACAAGUUUAUAUGUUGACAGUUUUAAUUCGCCUAUGGAUGAUGAAAUGGAAAGCCCCAGUGACAUGCAGCUGAUUUCAGAGAUGGAUCAAGACAUAAUGUGGGAUUUAGAACUAUUAGCUAAACCUGAGAGUUUAGUCAGAAAACCACAAAAGUUUGGGACAUUUUUAUUUCCUAAAUACACAGAAAAUAAACAUUCCUUCAGAAAUGAGGAUGCAAUGAAUUGUGAUGAUACUCUUAAUGAAAAUAAUGUUGAAAUGAUUAAUAAGCAUACAACUUCUCACAGUUUUAACAAUUCACCUGGAAAUCUUGCUAGGUCUAAUAAUACUAAACUCAUUACUGGUAAAGAAAUUACUCCUGGAAACCAAAAGUCUUUCAGAAGAAAAGGUCUUAGCAAUAUCAAUCAGCCAUCUGCUUUAGGACCAAUGGCUGUACCAACAAAUCUCACUGAAAAGCCAAACUUAAAUCUUCAUCAUCGUCACUUAGCUGAAUCUGGACAAAUCUCAAAACCAGACGGGAGCAAUCAAAGAAUGGAUAAGUCCGUAACAUCGAAUAAAAUAUCUGAUACCAGUGUCAGUGUGUCAGGACAAAUACUUCCUUCUACUGGGAAAUUGAGGCCGCAAAUAUUAUCACUUAACAAAUCAGGAGGGAAUACCCUAGACUUAAAUGCAGGCAUCAGAAGAGCAGAGCAGCCAAAAAAUGCUAUCAUUUCUGAGUCACAGGAUACUGUUGAAGAAAAGAAAAAGAGGUCUGGAAAAUCAGAUGAGCUCGAACUGGUUAACGACUCAAAAAUGAAGAAGGCCAAAUUGGUGAGUGAUUUUAGUUAAAGUUCCUUGUUUAAAAAAACAAACAAAUUAGCAAAAAUUGGUAAAGCAGGAUCUCCGGGAACACCUGAUGACUCUCAGGGUUAUAAAUUUAUCUGGUUGUUGUCAUUUUGGAUGGGACUAUAUUAGGUAGCCUCUCUAUAAUAGGUAGCCUCUCUAUAAUAGGUAGCCCCUCUAUAUUAAGUAACCUCUCUAUGAUAGGUAGCCCCUCUUUAUCUUUGGCUCCGGCAGACAUAGGGCAGUAAUUGUUUUUUUAAAGAAAAGAUUUUGUGUGUGUUAUUUUAGUUAGGGUGUAGAUUUAAAAUUGGGGAGGGUUCAUUGUUUUCUUUUUUUAUAAGAUAACUUUGUAACAGAUAUUUCAUCUUGUCCACAUAGUUUGUUACACAAAUAACUUAAAAUUUUUUUUUUUUUUUUAUCAAACUCAAAUUCUUAUAACAUUAUUUUUUUAAAUGUUAUCUUUCAUAUUCUCUGAAUACUUAAACUUCUGUUGAUAAAUUAAAUCCAUUAAAUAUUCCCCAUCUGGAAGUGUUUGAUUUGUUUUCAUUUAUUCUACUCACCAAAAGCCAUGAUAGUUUUCAAUGCAACAUUUGCUGAUAUUACAUGAAUCAACAGUACAUCUUUAGGUAUGAAUUUCCAGUUAAUGAAUAAUGCAGUGAUAAUGGAUUAUGGAUCUUUAAUUUGGUUUUAGUUUGUUUGUGAUGCAGUCUGUUGGUCUUAGUCUGUCUUGACACCCAUCUUGAAGUCUUAGUCUGUCUAUCAUGUGUCAUCAUGUUUGUUGCAGGCUCUUAGAGUUGCACAUUGUUUUAAUUUUAAUCCUUCCAUAGGGAUGUUCUCAUUUACUUUUAAUAUCAGCUUCCCUUUAUUGUACGGUUAAUUUGGUUCCUUAAGCCAUACAAAUAUUCCAUUUCAAAAUAUGAUAGUCCCUCUGUUAUUUAAAAUAUAAUUCUCUCCUUUCCCUGAUCAGCUUCUUGUAUAUAAACUUAUAAAUAUAUAUUAUCAUCUUGAUUUUUAUAAAUCCUUCUCUGUGACCUUAUUGAGUAGUAAACAUCAAUUAUCUACAUUUUAAAUUGAGGCUUGCUUCUCCUACCAUAAAUAUAUUAAUGAAUGCAUUUGUCAAGUACAAUGACAACUGAAGAAAUACAACAAAUUUUAUUAGCCAGAAAUUAGCAAAUCACACUUCAUGAGGAACUUAAUUAAUUCAUCAGGGAAUUUCAUCUCUUAAAAAUAUAACUCUUCUUUCAUGAUUUAUUAUACACAUUUUACACAAUUAUGCAUUAGAUUUAGUAAAAGAAAAAAAAAAUGUUAAAAUUGUUUUCAAGCUUUGCUAGUCCACAGAUUAGUCAGUACUCUAUCAACAUUGGGGUCGUUAGCAAAUUACGUCACGAUCAGGGGGGAGAGAGGGGGUCGAGACUUUGUGAGAGGGGGAGGGGGCUUUCAAAAAUUUGUGAUGUCACGUUUUUCUUUUUUUUAAACUAAAACUUUCUAAUUUUGAAAAAUGUUUAUUUAAAUAAUUAUUAAAAAAAUUAAUUUGAGGUCGAAAUUGCCUCAGGCAUUAAAUAAAAGUGUAACUCAGUCGCGCGCACCUGCGCAUAACGAAAAAUGACGCAGAAACUGUUGUGGCCAUUUUACAUUCGGCUUGUGGAUGACUUCAUUGUUUUGCAUGACAGUUUUCUAAUAAUACUACAUCUUAAUCCAUUAUGUUAAAAUGUUAAAGAAUAGAAUAAAAUCUUUAUUAUGAAACAUGUUUUAUGUUUUCAAUUUUUAUUGGUGUGACGAGACAAGGGGGGGGGGGGCGCAAUUUGUGAACGACCCCAUUCAUAAAAUGAAAUAAAAGUUAAGUUUUAUAUCUACUCCAUAAAGCCUUGCAGAGAUUUAAUCAAAUAUAUAGCUUUUAAAUAAGCAUAUUCCUUAAGCUUUAUUUGUAUAUGAAAACAUAAUAUCUAUUUUUAAUAUUUUUUUUUCUAGUCUGAAUUUCCUAACUAUUUGGCAAAGCGAAUAGUGAGGCGGUCUCAGAUGAAGAAACUUAUGAGCAACAAGCUGAAAGAUGCUGGACAGAAGGAAAAUUAUGAUAUUACAGAGAUGGAAGCACACAGUGUUGAAGGUAUUAAUGCUGAAAAAAUUGAACUACUUACUUUUAUUCUGCCUCAGUUGCUCAUUUAGUACAGAUAAUAUAACAUGGUGAUUUUCAAUAAUUAUGCCCAAUUUAAAUAUAAAACAUAAUUGCAUGGCAAAUAAUUUUUAUGAUAAUUGUUUAGUUGUUUUUUUUUAUAAAUAAAAUUAAUGUCUACAUUUAAUAACAGCAAUUAUUUCCUUGUUCUUGAGAAAGCAUCGCUUUUUUGUUUUUAUUGUUGUACAUAAUCAUAGUAAUUGGAUAUUUAAUACCGGGUACCGGUAAUUGAAAUAGUUUGGUGAAAUCAGGACAUAAAGUGGUGAAUUAAUUUAAUUAAUUUAAUCAAAUUCCCACUGUCUUUAUCACAAGGUCACCCUUUUGUCAAAAUUGCUAUAAUUGUUUUAAAUACCAGCAUUAACUCUUAAUAUUUAAAGAAAUGUACAACAAAAAUCUGCACUCUAAAUUUUUUUGUCCAAUCAAAAUGUGAAGCAACUGAUUAAAGAUCUAUCUUUUCCAUACUUGUAAUGUCUAUUUUUAAGCACUAUUAGGAAAAUUCAUCAACUGUUAAAACAAAGUUAGAACUACAACUCCAUACCACUUUUAUUUGCAAUCAUCUUGAGCUGUAGUAUCUUAGCAAGACAAGCUUUUAUUCAUUAGCUAUUUACAAAUUUGUUUGUAGUUCUAGGAACGAAUUGUUGGGAUUGCAAUGAGAAGUUUGAUUCUUCCGAGUGCACCUGGUGUCCCUAUAAACAUCAGAUUUGUCUGCCGUGCAUUAAGAGAGUCAUAAAAAUUUUCAUGAAUGCAAAAGAUCAAGUAAGGAAUUUCACAAACAUUUUUAUAAGUUCUUUUCCUUUGUAAUUUAAUUUUGUGUUACUUUCUCCCCCCCCCCCCCAAUCUUGUUUGCGUAACCAUUGUUUUGAUCAGUAUCAAAUUUAAAAUAGAGCUGAAAGGGUUUAUUGACCAGCGGAGUGGGAGCAGUGGUGGUAGAAGAAAAAUUACAGCAGCUGGUAUCUAUUUAAAUCUAUAAAAUUAACAUAUAAAAAAAGUUAGUAAUCCCCUCCCCCCUCUUCCGAUACCCAGUUAUACUAAGUGGGUAGUUCAAGAAAGCAGUUUUGUUGGGAUUGCACUUUAAAAAUUUUACCAUUGUCCCAAAUAACAAUUGUGUUACAAUCAAUUACUCAAGUUAAAGUUCAGCAUGAACCAUCUUAUGGAAAUGGAUGGUAUUCUAUCAGAUACUUUUUUGCCUCCUUUAGUAAUUUGAUUAAAGGUAGCAAAUCUGAUUAACUCAAUGGCUGAUGAAUGUAGCAUUUAUUUAAAUUUUCAGAAAAUUUACCAAACAUAAACCAUCAAUUUUUUACAGAUGCAACUGACCUGUCCUGUUGAGACUUGUCGGGAAAUAAUUGAAAUUGGUAAGUUAUCACCUUUUAAUUUAUAGUUGAAAUAAAUAUUGUGCAAUUUAAUAUGAAUUAGGUACUUUUAAAGCUAAAAUUCCAGCUCAUUAGAAUUUGAUUUACUCGUUUAGACAUGUUUCUUAACUUUAAAAAUGAAUUGACAUAUUUUACCUUUUAAUAAUUUUAAAACACAGUAUUAAUUUAAAUAUUCUUUUCCUUGAAAAAUGUAUGCAAAUGUGCAGUUUAUGAAAAAUUAUCUACUAUAAAUAACAGACUUCACUAACGCCCUACAUGGAGAAAAAAUACAACUGCUUAGAUUGUGAAAAUUUUCCUCUAAUUAUCUGGACAAAUUUCACCUACGAGGGGCCUGCUGGUUUGGGAUGAAGAUGAUGAUCAAAUAUUUAGAGGGAUUGGGUUGGGGAAGGACUAUUAAAUCUACUCAUGAAUUUUUUUAACCAAAAUCUUAAAUUAUCACUUGCAGACCUUGUGACAAAACAAGUUGACCCGCUUACUUUUGAUAUACUUAAAAGGAAACUUCUCAAAAGACAGGAAAGGGCCAAUGAAGAAGUUGUGGAGUAUCUGUUUCAGAAAAUCAGGUUAGUGAAAAUUAUUUGUGGCCUCCCUCCUGAAAUGUGGAAAUUGUACAAAUGCUUUUUGACACUUUGAAUUCGGAUGAAAGCCUCAAUUAUUUGUUGUUUUGAUUCUCUUAUAAUAUCUUCUAUGGUUCAGGGGUGUGGAAAAAAGGUGGGUUUAUGUUGCAAGUGUAAUUAUCAGGAUUAAUCAUCAUUAAGGCUUAGACAUUUCAGAUAUCCAUCGCAAGCUAGAAAAGUGUCUAAAACGAAAAAUAAUUAAGUUUUUCCAAAUCCAAAUAUAAAAAGAUUCAAAGCCAUCUAAAAAUAAAAAACACUUUAAAAAAGUGAUAAUAUAUAAAAAUAAAUAUUAUAAUUUAAUAUAAUUUAUUGAUUUAAUUUUUAAAAAUCCUUAUGAACACAUACUUAUUUCUUAAUUUAACCAUUCUUCAUUCAGCUGUCUAAACUGCAAGACUGUUGCUAGUAUGGAUAAGAAGGCGAUACACUUUAAAUGCAGAAACUGUCCUAAAGUAAGUAACAUUGUAAACACAUGGUAAAUAUGAGAGAGGCUGAUUUUAAAGUAAAUGUAAAAAAAACAUGUGUAUUCGCAAGUAGGAUUUUUGUAUGCAUGCUAAAGAAAAGUUUUCAAUGCUUGAGAUUAAGGCAGAUGAGAAUAGAUGUUAAUACAUGAAGACAUAGAAUAGUUAAAAUUUAUAAUAAUAAUAAAAUGACUUAUGCAAAACAACAGAGGAAAUAGACACCUUGCCCCAAGGUAUUAUUUGCAUAUUGUUUAAGAAUGAUUGAUUUUGUAGUCACAUUACAUUGAAUAAUUGUGGAGUUCAGUGGAAAUGGGGCCAAUAAUUAUGCAGACUUUAUUUUCUGCUGUUUAUAAUUGAUAUGUUUAAUUAAUAAAAUAAAUCCAAAAACAUAGAAUUUUGAGUUAUAUGUUUAAUUUUGGUGUAUUUUUAUACUAUGAAUAAAGUUGUUGUUUUUUUGUUGUUUUUUUUAAAUCAGUUAUCAAAAUUUAUUUGUGAUGAAGCUUGAUAAAUCUUGUGUAUACUUGAUAAGGUGAUCCUUUACUUAUUCAGGAAUAUUGUAGUUACUGCCACAAAGAUUGGCCUGGAAGUAACUUACACAAUGAGUGCAGACUCCUGAAUUGUUCUGGCACCAAAUGUUUUCAGGAGCUCCACGUACCUCCAGAUAAUUGGGAAGAAAGUUACUCAGCAUUGAACAAAGUGCAGGUCAGUUGGAUGAAAUGUAAUAAAACAUGGUCUGCUUCAUUUGUGGAUUCAGUUUAGCCCACAGAUAAUAAAAACUGUUUUUUUUUUAAGAAGGGUUCUUCUAAGGGAGCUCUUAUGUCACUGCCCCUAGUGUUUGAGGUAACCACAAUCCCUUUUAAAGAGCUACCACACCUUCACUCGGUUAGGAGGGGGCUAGGUGAAUUGUUUGAUUUGAUAUUUUCCAACCCAAAGAUACUUUAACUCAGGAGAAUGUUGGAAGUAAUUUGAAUAAACUGUACUUUCUACGCAUUCCAUUUUCCACCCCUCACCCUUACUGGCAGAACGAGCAGUGAGGCAGUGAAGAGUAUGGGACUUCUUGUAAAAUAUCUUCGGUACCAAAUAAGAACUACAAAAUUUUCCCUUUAGCCAUAUCCCAUAACAAGACCACUGAAUCAGAAUGAUGAUGAGGAUGUUAAGUUUUUUUUUUUUAAAUUUGCUAUAAGCAUAAAACUAUUCAACUUCUUAUGUGUUUAAUGUAUAGUGUUUUUUUUCAAUUUGAAAAUUGGCGAUGGGUUAUGGAAUUUAAUUCAGAUAAUUAAAGGGGAAAAAAUUAAAAAGAAUCAUUGGAAUGUUUGGCUAUUGAAAAUGUUGUGAUAACUUCAUACAUAGAAACAAAAACAAAUGGUGUUUUGAUGAAUCUUGUAAAGAAAUGUCUCAAAUCUUUGAUCUCAGUCAUGUCUUUGAUCUCAGUCAUGUCUUUGUUUUCACUUUAUAAUGCCCCUGUUUUUAACAAUCUACACACAAAUGUAGGCUGUCCUGUUAACAUUUAGUGCUACUUUGCUCUUGUUUUGAUUUUCUAUACUUACAAAUAAAAAUAAAAAAUAUUGUAUUUUUAGAAUGAGCUCAAAAGUCUGUCAAAAACCAGCUUGGUGAAUCUAAAUGGACGUGAAGGAAGAGCAAUUAUAAGUUUAUUCAUACAAACCUCACCUGAUUUUUGGAUCACAAACAUAAUCCGAUUGCAAAAUAUGAAGCUCUGGGAAAAAUAUGUUUUGUAAGUAGAGUAUUUAAAUUCUAUUUAAUUUACUAUGGCACUUGUCUGAAGUUUUAACUGACAAACUGUUCAUUUUUCUAGAUAGUGCUUAAAACGGCCCAUGGAAUCUUUUUAAAAUCUUUUUAAUCAGAAAGUUGUGUUAGGAUUAGCAAAUUCUGGAAAGUGAAAGCAAAUCUCAUGUAAAGAAGUUUAUGGAUGUCAAUGACAGAUAGUUGGUUGAAUCAAUUAGUUUGCUGCAAAUUAGUGAGGCUGUUGUCUCAUCCAGCCCAGAUGUAUCAGCAUGUAUAUGGCAGUCAGCCAAUAGGAGUUAGUAAGUGACUCAUCACCUGCCCUCCCCUAUCUGUUACAUAUCGCUUAUUUGCAUUGCUGAUAAUUUAGGUAAAUUAUAGAGAAUAUGGAAAAUAAUUAAUGUGAUUGUUGUAAUCCUGCUCUGAGUUGUAAUAUACUACUCCUAAAUGGGUAAGAAAUUCAUUAUCAAGUUCGUUUUUUUUUUUUUUUGCCAUCUUGGCGCACAACAUUUAACCACUUCAUUACUGAUCACGUCGACACGACUUCACGGUCACCCACUUUCAAUUACCAAGGACGUCACAUUGUGGUCAUAACAAAAAUGUAAGAACUUUUCUGAAAUGCCAAGGACGUCACAUUUCAAUGCUAUAUAUUUCCUUAUUCGUUAAUCUAUAGAGAAGUUAAGCGAAUCGGAUAGAAAAUGAAAUUUACCGAAAAUUUCAUCUUUUAAGUUUUUUGUUGCUGAGUCAUCAAAAAUCGAUGCCAAAACCCUGUGGUAAUGAAGGGGUUAAAUACAUAACAAAAAUAUAAAUAUGAUAUUUUAAAGAUUAAUAAGUAAGUAACAUUUUGGUUUUUUACAACUUACUGGCACCAUCACAUUUUCCCACCACUUUCAAGCUAAGGUCAAUUAUUAUUUUAUUCCCACUUCUUUUGUUUCUUGUUUUAUCUGCUGCUGAAAUGCUGAAGGCUGCUUGCACAAACGUUCAAUAUAUUGUACUUUUCUUCCUUGCAAGCUUUUCACAUAUGAUGUUCUAAAAUCUCCUACAAAUUAGAAUUUUUUUUUACAUUAGUAACCUUAAGAUUUAUCAAAUAGGAAACGCAAGCACAUGGUUGAGGAAAUAGGCGUGUCCAACAUCAACGAGAGAGCCUUAUUUCAUGGAACAAAUGAAAAAAAUAUUUCUCUUAUUUCUGAAGAAGGCUUUGAUAUGAGGGUAGAAACUGCAAACGCAAAGUUGUUUGGCAUAGGUGAGAAAUAUGAUUUAUAGGCACACUUUGCUUAGAUUAAAUCAAUUUGUAAUUAACUAUUAUAUUUUUUUAGAAUUGAUUUUCAUUGUUUUGUUUACAACUGCAACACUUGAAUAAUAGAUUAAUUCCCAUUGAUAUUUGAUGUUAAAUUUCUUGAAUGUUUAUCGAGUUUGAUUUUUUACUAGGUGUUUCUUUGCUCCAAUGUUUCUUUAGUGCUUGAUAAUAUUGUUUUCCCCAGGUACCUAUUUCAGUACAACAUCAAAAUAUUCCCAACAAUACGCAGGAUCAUCCAAUAAAAUGUUCAUGGUCAGAGUGCUAUGUGGAUACUCAGUCCAAGGGUCUGCAUCAUACAAACGGCCACCCAAGGACAAGUCUGGUAGAAUGUAUGACAGCUGUGUGAAUAAAGAAAGUGGCCCAAGUAUUUACUGCCUCUUUGACAACUCUCAGUGUUACC